AUGAACUUCAUGAUCAGCCAAGAACAAGAAGGAAAGCCAAUCUCCGAGCCUCCUUCCGGCGACGGAGCCACCGCCGCUAAGGAGUCGAGUCCGACAAUGACGACAUGGGGUGCCAUUGAGAGACUGCCUACGUAUUCACGCACAAGGAGAGGCAUUCUACACGGUCAAUGUCAGGAGGAGGAGGACGUUCAAUGCAGAGAGAUUGAUGUAAAGAAGAAUCUUGGACUACCAGAGAGGAAGACUUUGUUGGAGAGGCUAGUGAAUAUUGUUGAGCAUGAUAAUGCCAAGUUCUUGCUCAAGAUCAAGGAUCGCAUGAAUAGAGUUGGACUUGAAUUUCCAACAACUGAAGUGCGGUUUGAGCAUUUAAAUGUUGAAGCAGAAGCUUAUGUAGGAAGCAGGGCAUCAUCUACAAUGUUCAACUUCUCGAUUAAUAUGUUGGAGGGAUUCCUGAAUUAUUUUCACAUUCUUCAAAGUAAAAAAAGACCUUUUCCAAUCCUUCAUGAUGUAAGUGGGAUUAUCAAACCAAGAAGAAUGACACUCCUUUUAGGCCCCCCUGGCUCUGGAAAGACGACUUUACUAUUGGCAUUGGCUGGAAAACUCGGUAAAGCCAAUCUGAAAUUAUCGGGGAGAGUUACAUACAAUGGAGUGGAGACGGAUGAGUUUGUGUCAGAGAGGACAUCAGCUUAUGUCAGUCAACAUGAUCUCCACAUACCAGAAUUGACAGUGAGAGAAACACUGGCUUUUGCAGCUAGAUGUCAAGGUGUUGGAUCACGUUAUGAAAUGUUGGUGGAAGUAUUAAGGAGAGAAAAGGCUGCAAAUAUAAUGCCAGAUCUUGAUCUUGAUCUCUACAUGAAGGCAGCAGCACUAGAGGGACAGGAAACUAAUAUAGUUACAGACUUUAUUCUCAAGGUUUUGGGACUCGAAGAAUGUGCUGACAUUAUGGUAGGAGAUGAAAUGACCAGAGGUAUCUCUGGUGGAGAAAAGAAGCGACUCACCACAGGGGAGAUGCUGGUUGGACCGGAAAGAGUACUUCUUAUGGAUGAGAUAUCAAACGGGCUGGACAGUUCAACAACAUUCCAAAUAGUGAAAUCACUACAACAAUACGUCCAUAUCCUUAACGGAACUGCAUUUAUCGCUCUACUGCAGCCAGCACCAGAGACUUAUGAUCUCUUCGAUGAUAUAAUUCUCCUCUCGGAUGGCUACAUUGUGUAUCAAGGUCCCCGUGAAAAUGUUCUUGAAUUCUUUGAGUAUAUGGGCUUCAAAUGUCCAGAGAGGAAAGGAGUUGCUGAUUUCCUACAAGAGGUGACAUCAAGAAAAGAUCAAGAGCAAUACUGGGCUCAUGUGGAUAGGCCUUAUACCUUUGUAACAACUAAAGAAUUUUCUGAAGCAAUGCAGUUAUUUCAUAUUGGUAGGAAACUUGAUGAUGAGCUUUCUAUUCCAUUUAACAAGUCUGAAGGCCACCCUGCUGCUUUGUCAACCAAGAAAUAUGGUGUUAGUAAGAAGGAAUUGUUCAAAGCUUGUAUGGCCAGACAAAUUUUGCUUACGAAGAGGAAUUCAUUCGUCUACAUUUUCAAAUUGGUCCAGCUUAUUAUAGUUGCUGUUACAACAAUGUCAUUAUUUUUCCAUACUGUGAUGGACCGGAACACAGUAGCAGAUGGUGAGAUUUAUAUGGGAGCUUUAUUCUAUACGCUACUUGCAAUUAUGCUCAAUGGGUUUGCAGAGCUUCAUAUGACAGUCACCAGACUGCCUGUGUUUUACAAACAAAGGGACCAUCUGUUCUAUCCUGCUUGGGCAUACUCUUUACCCACAUGGAUGAUAAGGAUCCCUAUAACUUUUGUGGACGUUUUCAUCUGGAUGAUCAUUACUUACUACAGUGUAGGUUAUGAUCCGAGCAUUGAAAGGUUUUUCAAACAGUUCAUUCUACUGCUGUGUGUUAGCCAGAUGGCAAAUGGACUGUUUCGAUUGAUAGGGGCACUAGGAAGGAACAUAACUAUUUCAAACACAUUUGGAUUUGGUGCUUUACUUCUCGUUCUUGGUCUGGGUGGCUUUAUCCUAUCAAAAGAUGAUAUGAAGAAAUGGUGGUUGUGGGGAUAUUGGCUCUCACCAUUCACGUAUGGACUGAAUGCAAUCGCUGUCAAUGAAUUUCUUGGAAAAAGUUGGAAAGAUGUUCCUGCUAACUCACCAGAAGCAUUAGGAGUUAUGGUCUUGAAGUAUCAAGGCAUAGUCCCAGAGGCACGCUUUUACUGGAUUGGAGUAGUAGCUUUGAUUGGAUUUAUUCUUCUGUUGAAUUUCAUUUUCACCUUGGCACUUCAGUAUCUUGAUCCAAUUGAGAAGCCCCAAGCAAUACUAUCCAAUGAGGCAUCCUCUACAACAGAUAAUAUCAGAGUUUCAAGCAAUCCUACUAUGCAGCAUGGCAUGGUUCUUCCAUUUCAACCCCUUUCACUUACUUUCGAGGAAAUCAGAUAUGCUGUUGAUAUGCCUAAGGAAAUGAAAGAUCAAAGCAAAACUGAAGAUCGGCUAGAACUUCUGAAGAGUGUGAGUGGUGCUUUUAGGCCUGGAGUUCUAACAGCUUUGAUGGGUGUUAGUGGCGCUGGAAAAACCACUCUCAUGGAUGUCUUGGCAGGAAGGAAGACAAGUGGAUAUAUAGAGGGGAGCAUCACCUUAUCUGGAUAUGCAAAAAAGCAAGAGACAUUUGCUCGCAUAGCAGGAUACUGUGAGCAAACAGAUAUACACUCCCCUCAUGUCACUGUUUACGAGUCUUUGGUUUACUCUGCAUGGCUUCGGUUGCCCCGGGAGGUUGAUUCUCCAACCAGAAAUAUGUUUAUUGAGGAAAUCAUGGAGCUUGUAGAAAUGACCUCAAUAAGUGACAGACUUGUUGGAUUCCCAGGGGUGAAUGGUCUCUCAACUGAACAACGCAAAAGGCUAACAAUUGCAGUAGAGCUUGUUGCUAACCCCUCGAUAAUAUUUAUGGAUGAGCCGACCUCUGGCCUUGAUGCUAGGGCGGCAGCAAUUGUAAUGAGAACGGUGAGGAAUACAGUGGACACAGGUAGAACUGUAGUCUGUACCAUCCACCAACCAAGCAUUGACAUAUUUGAUGCUUUUGAUGAGAUGCUGCUUUUGAAACGGGGAGGUGAAGAAAUAUAUGUUGGUCCUUUAGGUCAUCAUGCUUAUCAGAUGAUCGAAUACUUUCAGGGGAUUAGUGGAGUUUCUAAAAUAAAGUAUGGUUAUAAUCCGGCAACUUGGAUGUUGGAGGUUACUUCUCCAGCACAAGAAGCAUCUCUUGGGGUUGAUUUUGCCAAAAUAUACAAGGAUUCAGAAAUGUUUAGGAAGAAUAAGGCAUUGAUAAAAGAACUAAGUAGUCCUGCACCAGAUUCAAAAGACUUGUACUUUCCUACACGAUAUUCUCAGUCUUUCUUUACCCAGUGUAUGGCUUGCCUGUGGAAACAAUGUGUAUCAUACUGGCGACACCCUCAAUACACUGCAGUGAGACUAAUUUUCACGGCUAUGAUGGCUGUAUUACUUGGAUCAUUUUUCUGGGAUCUUGGCUCCAAAAGAGAAAAGCAAAGAGAUCUCUUAAGUGCAAUGGGUUCUAUGUAUGCUGCUGUGCUCUUUAUUGGUAUACAAAAUUCAUUAUCAGUGCAGCCAGUCGUAGGUGUUGAGAAGUUGGUCUCUUACAGAGAAAGAGCUGCUGGAAUGUACUCAGCUUUUCCAUUUGCCUUUGGACAGGCUGUCAUUGAGAUCCCAUACGCUUUGAUCCAGAGUAUCAUAUAUGGGAUUAUAGUAUACUCCAUGAUUGGAUUUGAGUGGACCGUCAGCAAAUUCUUUUAUUAUCUCAUGUUCAUGUACCUCACCUUCUUAUACUUCACCUUCCAUGGCAUGAUGAUUGUGGCCAUUACUCCCAACAACACCAUCUCUGCAGUAGUUUCCUCCGCCUUCUAUCCACUAUGGAAUGUUAUUUCAGGAUAUCUCAUACCCAAAACAAGAAUUCCUAUAUGGUGGAGAUGGUUCUAUUGGGUUAGCCCGACCUCUUGGAGUUUGUAUGGAUUAUUUGGUUCACAGUUUGGAGGCCUUAUGGACACACUUGAUGAUUCUGGGGAAACUAUAGAUCAUUUCACAAGGACAUAUUUUGGAUAUAGGAAAGACUUUCUAGGUGUUGUUGUUGCGGUGCUUGUUGGGUUUUCAGCAUUCUUUAUUUUCAUCUUUGCUUUUGCAAUCAAGAAACUGAACUUUCAAAAGAGAUGA